CAGGUGGGCUAGGUGGCUUAUGCCUGUAAUCCCAGCACUUUGGAAGGCGAAGGUGGGAGGAUUGCUGGAGGCCAGGAGGUCGAGGCUGCAAUGAGUUAUGAUUGUGCCACUGUACUUCAGCCUGGACCACAGAGCAAUACCCUGCCCCCACACCCCAAAAAAAGUAAUAAAGAAGAAUCCUCACGGCAACCCUGAAAUAGCCACUAGUAUGACCCUGUCUUACUAAGGAGGAAAGUACCGAACAGAGGGGUGAAGUCUGCCUAGGAUAACACAGCUAGUAGGUGGCAACGCUGGGAUUCAAACCCAGUAAAUCUGGCUGCAGACGCCAUUCUGCUAUGCAGCCUGUCAUAGAAUCUACUCAUUCUCUAUGCUUAUUGUGUGUAUCCCACGCACACACUGUAGGAUGUAAGUUCCAGGAGAAGCUGCUCUCUGUUUUGCCCUUAGAACCCCGCCCUCUGCAGAGAAGGCGCUCGACCUAAGGAGAAAUAAACAGCAUCUUUCCACCCCGCGCAGGCGCAUCGGGCGGGAUAACGGAGCCUCCCCCUUCUUGCGCCGAUUGGUCAUCUCGGAUGACUGACGGAUGAUUGGGCGCAGGCGCACCAGGCCAGACCCUAGGCGGCUUCUCCCAUUCUGAGACUCCGUUCCCUAUGCCUAUUGGUCAUUGUUUACGACUGACGUAGAAAAAAGCCAAUGGAAAGCAAACUCUCUGGGAAGAGGGCGGGCCACUCAGGCAGUCAAAUUUGCGCGGGUUGGGGACUGCGGUAGUCAUGGCCGCCUUCCGCGACAUGGAGGAGGUGAGCCAGGGGCUGCUCAGCCUGCUGGGCACCAAUCGCGCCGAGGCUCAGCAGCGGCGGCUGCUGGGGCACCACGAGCAGGUGGUGGAGCGGCUACUGGAGACGCAAGACGGUGCCGAGAAGCAGCUGCAUGAGAUCCUGACGAUGGAGAAGGAAGUGGCCGAGAGCCUUCUCAACGCGGAGGAGCAGGUGCACCAGGGUGGUGUGGAUCUGCAGCAGCUGGAAGCUGGGCUUCAGGAGGCCAGGGAGGAGGACGCCCAGCUGAAGGCCAGCCUCCUGCAGCUCACCAGAGAGCUGGAGGAGCUCAAGGAGAUUGAGGCGGAUCUGGAACGACAGAAGAAGGAGGUCGACGAGGAUACGACAGUCACAAUCCCCUCAGCCGUGUACGUGGCUCAACUUUACCACCAAAUUAGUAAAAUCGAGUGGGAUUACGAGUGUGAGCCAGGGAUCAUCAAAGGCAUCCAUCAUGGCCCAAGUGUGGCCCAGCCCAUCCACCUGGACAGCACCCAGCUCUCCAAGAAAUUCAUCAGCGAUUACCUCUGGAGCCUGGUGGACACCAAGUGGUAGCCAGGAGCCUCUUGGCUGUGUCUUGCACCCAGCGGGCAUCUGCCACCAUCAGAUCCGUUUCAACUCCCACAGGUGUUAGAGACGGAGGAAGCAGGGUACCCGAGAGGAGCUGGGAGUUAAGCAAGGGACAGGGCUGUGACGGGUAGGACAUAAUUGAAGGGACAGGAGCUCAACCAUUGCCAUUUUUCCCUGUGACCUGUUGGCAUGGUGGAUACCACCAGUCUGCGCUCAGGCUUUCCUGUGGGGACUCGUGGGGUCCGUGGCUUACAUAGGAGCCCAUCUCUGGUUCCAGGGUGGACUCUGUCAGAGACCACGAGAUGUGUCUUUUAUCACUCGUUCUCCCCUCCCUCCUUCAUAAAGGGAGUCCUUUUAGCUGCCCAGUUAAAACAACACAUCCCAACACCCUUGUAGUAAAUGUCCAGCCAGUGAAAUGUACAUGGAACUGUUAAAUGACACUUGUAGAAGGAUUUUUUUAUUUAAUGAGAGGGGGUUUCACCAUUGUGGCCCAGUUGGUCUCGAACCCCUGACCUCAGGUAAUCCACCCGUCUCAACCUCCCAAAGUGCUGGCAUUACAGGCAUGAGUCACCACGCCUAGCCUAGAUGGAUUCUUAAAAAACAAGUAUACCCUUGCUUUCCCCCUUCCUAUUUCCUGGAAUUUGAGCGUGAUGGCUAGAGCCCUGGCAGCCAUACUGCCACGUGUGCAGAGGAGUGCAGUCCUUUAGGGAUGACGGGAGUCUGGUUCCCUGGUGACAGCAGAGCCAGAUAAUCAGCACAGACUUAUUUAAAUGGGAGAGGCCAGGCACAGUGUCUCACACCUGAAUCCCAGCACUUCUGGAGGCUGAGAUGGGCACAUCAUGAAGUCAGGAGAUUGAGCCCAUGCCGGCCAACAUGGUGAGAGCCCAUCUCUACUGAAAUACAAAAAUUAGCUGGGUGUGGUGGCACAUGCCUAUAAUCCAAGCUACUUGGGAGGCUGAGGCAGGAGAAUCGCUUGAGCCAGGGAGGCAGAGAUUGCAGUAAGCUGAGAUCACGCCAUUGCACUCCUGCCUGGAGACAGAGUGAGACAAUGUCUCAAAAAAAAAAAUAGGGAGAGAAGGGGAAGAACUAGCUUCAACUUGUACCUUGUGUAAGCUCCUGGUUUGGGGGUUUUCUAUGACAACAAAAUAAACCUUUAACUGAACACAUA